AUGGAGUGGGAAGCGCAGUGUCUCGAGUGCGACGAAGUGCUGGACGACGACGACGAGCUCCUGAGCACGCAGGAGUCCGAUACCCCCAGCCAAAAGCAAGGCCUUGGUCUCGUCGGAUUCGACGCACCCUGGACGACCGAGCUCUCGUUCGAGGAGCAGAGUCUUGUGGCUUUAGAAGAUCGAGACGUGGACAGCACGUACCGUGCCAUGCUGCGCCAAGAGCUCGUGCGACCGGAUUUCUCGCAAGAGUACGAGUACCUGAAAUACCGGCGCGUGCUGGUUGACUGGAUGACUGAAGUGGGGGAAACGCAUCUGAGGAUGCGCAAGGAGUACGUGCACGCUGCUGUGGGGUAUCUGGAGAAAGUGCUGGCGCGGCACGAGACACUGCCUCGGAAGGACCGGUUUCAGCUCCUGGCACUAUGCUGCUUACGCGUGGCUCUCAAGUUUCUCGGCACGGAAGAGGAGCUGCCGCCGAUGGCCGAGUUCUGGGAGAUGGGGAACCGCAUGUAUUCCUUUGACGAGAUUAACGACGCCGAGGCCGACAUUUUUCAAAAACUGGGCUUGAGACUGACGGGUGUGAUGCCGCUGCACUUCCUGCAAUAUUAUAUGGGCCAGACCGUGCUGUUUGCCACUGACCGAGUGCUGGGAUCCGAGCUUGUGGACGAAGCUCAUGGAUACUACUGCAAGUAUGCCGAGUUCUUUGUGGACCUGGUGCUGCAGGAGUACACGUUACAAGUGUAUCGUCCGUCUGUCGUAGCCGCUGCUAUCCUGGUGGCAUCCCGCAAAGCGCUCGGGGUCACGCCACUCUGGAGGGACGAGCUGUCGACGCUCACUGGUUACGAUGAGGAGCAAGUCGCGCCGUGCUUUCGAGCUCUCUGGAAUCACUUUGAAGCGGCCUUUGGUCGUCAGAACAAGAAACACGAGCGGGAUGAUUCCCCUUCCAGUGUGGCCGCAUUUUAG